GUGUAUAGAGAGGGGGUUCACUCCCCCCCCCCCAUGUCAGCGGGGCAACCGUUUCUGUAUUAUGUGGGGUCACGGACCGCGCGGUUUUCGGUGACGCGUCGCGGCAGAGGCCAGGCGGGCGAGUGCCGAUUCCGGGAAGUCGGUAUUGUGCGCAAGGGGUUGGCAGUCUGCCGACGGUCGCACGAGUCUGCACAGUCCUGCCUGGAAGGGGACCGCUGUACGCGGUAUCGUGGGUCUGCCGCCCGAGUGCCUGACUAAUUGGAGGCGCCGGCGAGGUUAAGAAGGGCUUAACAAACUUGACCCCGUGCCGCAUAUACGGAGAAGGAAUCUAUUCUUCUACGCGUCCGGAACGAAAUCGCCAGCCGUGUUGUUGGGUGCGACUGCCUGUGGGGUGUCGAAGGUCAGCUUACAGUGCACGCUGUAGGGGUGCGGUGUACACGUGAAGAGUGCAUUCGGACGGCGGCGUCUUGUAAACACGCACUCGGAGAACUUUGUCUUGUAGACAAUAAGUUUGAAGGACAAGUAGGGCCAUCCGUCUCCCACACGACCAAACUUUGAGUACAGCGGCACUACGUGGUGUCGAUGCCCCUGCUUCCGAGACAUUUGCGGCCUAGACGCCGUUGGGAUUUGAGGCGGUCUAGCGAUAACUUGUUCGGGCCUGGCGUGUUUUGCUGAGCCCGUCACUAACUACGUAGAAACGAGAGGGCAACGGAGUUUUGGGGAAAAAGGAAAAGAGCUUUGUUUUCCAAUAUGUUUAUUUUUAAGAGUAAGCCCAUCCCUCUGGGUUGUGGCUUAACAAACGGUUGACUCUGAUUGGCAACUGAACCUGUGGGACGGGCCAACGGCCCUACCGCCUUUUUUUUCUUUGUAUAUUUGGGCUAUAAAAAUCGGGACGACAUGCUGUCCCUCAGACUUGGCUGAAAUCAGGAUUGCUGAUAGAUCAGUGAGCCUCCGUACUAUGUACGUUAAAACGAGUCUGGGCUCUAACAGUCAUUGAGACAGUCGAUGAGUGAGACUUUGUUUCUCAAUUGUUCAUGUUUGUAAUGUAUUUGUUUUACCUGCCAUGUAUAUAGAAAAGUUCAACUAUAAAUAUUUCUUGUACAUCUGAUCUGCAUCGUUUCCUGCCUGCGUUUGAUCAACAACUGCCGAUCAUCGUCCGAGAAGCUUCAAGUUCCAGCGGUGAAGCGAGGACAGAGAACGAACGAAACAUUACUGGCGCAGCCGACAGGAUCGGCAAGCCCCACAACGAGCAACGAGCAGCGAGCCAGGCGCAAGGCAACAGAGGGCCACCAGCCAAUUCCGCAACGGUUGCAAUUCAUCUGGACGAGGACGUCAGGCGGCGCCCCCAGCAGCAACGGGUGAGCGGGAUUCCUUGCGUUUUGUCUAGGUUGGCAUGGCUGUUGUUCAGUGAGGUUAAUGGUGUUCACGCGCAGAACAGCAAAUUUGAUUGAGGCUGACGUAAACAUUGAUACGGCAUCUGAACAAAGAGAGGGUCAGAGACGGCAGGAACUACAACGCGUCGGAGAGACCGAGUCUGAGACGUCGGAUACUGAAAUGGAUAGUGAGACGCAAGGCGCUUCGCAGGCUCCGAGCACGACAGAUCCAGAGGCCAUGGCGGUGAGACGCCUGGAGAUGGAGCUAGAAAAGGUGCGCCUACAGCUAGAGUGCGAGCGCAUUGCUCUACGGAGAGUGGAGCUUGAGCAGUCGGGCAGGCCGCCUUCGGUGUCGGAAGGAAGCGAUCUCCGCCGUGCCAGCACGGAUGGAAUAUCACAAUGUGCUAAAGUGCUUAAGGCAUACCGGUUGCCGUGUGACGCUGACGUUCCGAUAUGGUUUGAUGAGGUUGAAAAGUUGUUUUCAUCUUUUCAAGUACCAGAACACAGCCGUGUACAUUUGAUCAUGCCUGCGCUGGCCGAGCGGGUCCGUUAUCUGCUGCGUGGCCUCAAUGACGAGGAAUGUACAGAUUAUGAGACUGUAAAGAAGGCGGUAUUAGAUGAACUUAAGCUUACGCCAGCUAAAUACUUGGAGAGGUUUGAAAAGGCAUCUAAACGAAAGGAGGAAACUUUUGCUCAGUUCGCGUCCCGUGCUAGAACUUAUUUGGCAUAUUACCUUCAAUCUCGCAAUGCAAACACAAGGGAAGAUAUGACGGAGCUUAUGGUCGCUGACCGUAUGAAAGCCAGUCUGAGCUCAGAAGCCCUUGAAUAUGUUCUUUUGCGGGAGGGCGAGGAAUGGUUUAAGCCAGUGGAGGUGGCGAAAGUGCUCGAGACUUUCGAGCAAGCUAAAGGGAAAGGACGAGCAACUAAGCCAGCCGCAACAGCCUCAUUGCCGCAGCACGCAAAACUAGCUGGCCCGCAGAGGACAAAUUUAAAAUGCCACGUGUGUCAUAUACAGGGUCACCUAGCCAGAGACUGCCCAAAAGCUUCAGAUAAAGAACCGCAGGGGAAGGCGCCGACUGUGCAAAAACAAAGGGUACAGAAGGUUGCUGUUGUAAGUGAAGAACCUCCACCAGAGCAAGAAAGGGUGCUAAGUGCUAGAGUACAAGUCUUAGCUCAAAAUGCUAGUUCAGGGAGAUCAAAGCUGGACAUUAUCCCUAUCAUGUGCGGGGAUAUAGCAACGGAAGCUGUGUUGGACACAGGUAGUGAGAUAACGGUCGUCCGUAAAAGUAUGUUGCCCGUCGUUUUACAGGAGUCAUCAGGAACAGUAAGACUCGAGUCGGCAUUCGGAAACAGCGUUCGAGCUAACCUAGCUACGCUGCCCGUAGGCAUGCAUCGCCCGGGGGCUUCGAUACAACCGCAGAGGAUCGAUCUGGUGUGCGCGGUUACAGACGAACUUGCAAAGGGGGUUGACUGCCUGCUGUCAAAGGAAGAUUGGGAACUACUACAGGCGCAGGAAAAAGAGGAGUUUGGGCGAGAAAAUAUUCCGCAGAAUCGUAAAAACCUGUCCCGUUACGACCUGGACCAAUCCCGACGGCAGUCUAGCCUGGCGCAACGUCUUAAAGAGUUCACUGCCAAGAAAGAAUGGAAGAAACUGGCGAGCCCCCGCUCGUUACGCAACAGUGAGGAGAGUGGCAAGUCUGUGGCCGAAUGA